UCCUGGGCACCUUGAGCAGCUCGUAUGUUCUGAUUGGUGUAUUCUCUGAAGCCCAGCCCCAGACAGCAGACCCUUGAGUCAUUGGAGCAGAGGCUGAGAUGUAUGUGUGAGUGUGUACAGGGUGGUCUGGGAGAGGAGACAAGGUACAGUUUAGCAUGCUGCUGCAGAUAUUCCUCAUCCUUCAUCUUCUUCAGGGUAAGGUGCUCAUUUCAGCAUCUUCAUCGUCUGAGGAAGAUGGUAGUAGUGGGAGGGAUAAAGAACACAACAAAGGUUCCUCUCAUCAGCACAACUGGGGCUACCAUGAUCAGGGUGCGUGGUUAUUGGCAUUCGAGAACUGCAGAGGAAUAUCCCAGUCCCCCAUCAACAUAGACACUCAUAAGGUUAUCUAUGAUCCCAGACUAACCUCAAUUAAACUGGAGGGGUAUGACCUUUCAGGCUCUCCCGCUAUCGCCCUCAUCAACAAUGGACACACAUUGCAGUUGAGUCUGCCAAACAGCAUGCAUAUUGUGAGAGGAUUCGAUCAUGUUUAUGUCGCAGCUCAGCUGCACUUCCACUGGGGAACUAAAGAGGUCCCGGGUUCAGAGCACACCAUAGAUAACAUCCAUUUCCCUGCCGAGAUCCAUGUUGUUCAUUAUAAUUCCAAAUAUGCUAAUCUUUCUGAGGCUGCUAGUAAAGCAGAUGGAUUGGCUGUGUUAGGAGGAUUUAUAGGUGUUGGUCUUCAUGAAAAUGACAACUAUGACAAGAUCCUGUCUGCUUUAACAGACAUCAGCACAGAGAAGUCAAACACUGAGAUUCCUGGUUUUGACAUCCGACAUCUUCUACCAAACAGCUUGGAGAGGUUUUAUAGGUAUAACGGGUCCCUGACAACACCUCCGUGUUUCCAGACAGUCAGUUGGACACUGUUCAAUGAUACGAUCACAGUGUCAAGAAGACAGCUUGCAGCCUUGGAGGACACAUUGAAAACAGAACACAACAAGCUCUUAUCCAAAAAUUUCAGAGUGCCACAACUUCUGCAUGGAAGAAAAGUACUGAAAUCUUUCCACACAGUAACCACCACAGGAAAACCUAGAGAAGCGCCGAUGCCUGGAAUACAAGAUGCUGAUGUAAUAGAAUCUAAUGGAACUCACUGGUACAUUGUAGCAAUUAUCUUUGGAGUUCUCUUUGGAGUCACAUUGCUUGCCUUCUCCAUAUAUGCAUAUCAACAGCGGAAAAAGUACUCAAAGUUUAAAAAAGACUCCAAGCAAAAUGUUAUUUAUAAACCAGCUGCCACAGAAGAGGCAUAGAUCUAACCUUUUAAACUGUAACAUGGAACAUAUUUAUACUGAAACAUUUCUGACUUGUUUGUAUGUUGAGGAAAAAGAAAACUAAUGUUUUACUUUGUGUGAAUCUUCCCAGUGAGAUUUGGGUACUAAUUUCUACAUUUUUCCAAAACAAAGUAUUUGGUUGCAUAUUAAUAGAAACAUGUAUUAUACAAUAGCACUUUUGUCUGUUUAGGGUUAGGGUUAGAAAAAAAGAGAACCAUGAAUAUUUUGAAAUUAUGUUGUAUAUUUAGGCUGCAUUCAGAAAUGUUAUAUGCAACUAUGCUGAAAUAACAUCAACUACAUAAAAGUGUCUGAAAUAAACAAAUUAUUUUCUUUUUUAUCGCUUCUUCAGCACGAUAUUGGAAAUUUGGGUAUUUUGAUUUUGGAAAUUUAGAGUGUUGUAGGGGAGAGAGGGGCAUGCUGUUACACACUUACACGGGGCAAGUUGUAACACUCAUGGUUUAAAUGUUUCCACACACACACUGGUAAGACAAAACUUUUUUUUUUUUUAACUUGUUGCCAUCUAAACACUGUGUACAAAAAACAUUGUGGCAAAAUUUUAAAAACUUUGGAAGAUAUUCCCAAAGUUCAUUUUACAGUAGUAAAAGUAAAAAUUCACACAAAAGUUCAUUUUCAUCUCUGUUUUUAUUUAAAAUUAGGCAAACUUGGUAUAAUUUUAAUCUCCAAUCUGUUAGCUAGCAUCUUGCAUAGUCUUUCAAUCCUUAGCUAGCCAGCAGAAGUGACUAGCCAGGUUUAAAUCCCAGAUGUGCUGACGGGGCACAUUGUAACUGUGUUACAACAUGCCCCAAUUAGAACAAACUAAUUCCAUGCAUUCAGAUAUGUAAAUGACAUAAUUCCCCUUUGUGUGUGUGUGUGUGUGUCAUCAAUCCAUGCAUUAUUGCUGUGGCUUUGUUGUGGAUUCAUUGCCAAAUGUCAAAAUUAUUGCUAUAUUAAAUAUGACAAAGUUAAUAAAUGGCUUUUAUUGACAUCA